UCCUGCAGGCACCUCCUUCCGCGGCUGCAGAUGGCAUUCGGCUGCGGGCUCCGGGCUUGCCGUUGACUGUCUCCCUUUGCCCAUCUCGGGCCCCGGACGCGCCUCUCUCUCUCUCUUCCCUUCCUCCUUUCCUCCCCUCGCGCUCCCGGCUUUGGGCGCAGCUCCGGAUCGCCGGGCGGAGGAAGCAGUCGCGGCGGCCGAGGCUGAGCUGUAGGGCGCUCACUCGCUCCCUGAUUUGGGGAGAAGCGCCCAUCCGGGAGAGCCGACCCCCAGCUGCCUCCAGCGCCCCCAAGUCGAGGCUCCAGGGGGACCCCCCCCCUUCUCCAGGCAGCACCAUGCUGGACCCCUCGUCCAGCGAAGAGGAAUCGGAUGAGAUCGUGGAGGAGGAGAGCGGCAAGGAGGCGCUGGGCUCGGCCGCGCCCGGCGCGCGCCUGUCCCCCAGCCGCACCAGCGAGGGCUCGGCCGGCGGCGCGGGGCUGGGGGGCGGCGGCGCGGGCGCCGGGGCCGGGGUCGGCGCCGGCGGCGGGGGCAGCGGAGCCAGCGGCGGCGGCGGGGCCGGGGGGCUGCAGCCCAGCAGCCGCGCCGGCGGCGGCCGGCCCUCCAGCCCCAGCCCGUCGGUGGUGAGCGAGAAGGAGAAGGAGGAGCUGGAGCGGCUGCAGAAGGAGGAGGAGGAGAGGAAGAAGCGGCUGCAGCUCUACGUGUUCGUGAUGCGCUGCAUCGCCUACCCCUUCAACGCCAAGCAGCCCACCGACAUGGCCCGCCGGCAGCAGAAGAUCAGCAAACAGCAGCUGCAGACCGUCAAGGACCGCUUCCAGGCUUUCCUCAACGGGGAAACCCAGAUCGUGGCUGACGAGGCCUUCAUGAAUGCUGUCCAGAGCUACUAUGAGGUGUUCCUGAAGAGCGACCGCGUGGCCCGCAUGGUGCAGAGCGGGGGCUGCUCCGCCAACGACUCCCGGGAGGUCUUCAAGAAGCACAUCGAGAAGAGGGUGCGCAGCCUCCCUGAGAUCGACGGCCUCAGCAAGGAGACCGUGCUGAGCUCCUGGAUGGCCAAGUUCGACGCCAUCUACCGCGGGGAAGAGGACCCCAGGAAGCAGCAGGCCCGGAUGACCGCCAGCGCAGCCUCUGAGCUGAUUCUGAGUAAAGAGCAGCUCUACGAGAUGUUCCAGAACAUCCUUGGGAUCAAGAAGUUUGAACAUCAGCUCUUGUACAACGCUUGCCAGCUGGACAAUCCGGAUGAGCAGGCAGCACAGAUCCGACGGGAGCUGGAUGGACGACUUCAAAUGGCAGACCAAAUAGCCAGGGAACGCAAAUUCCCCAAGUUUGUAUCCAAAGAAAUGGAAAACAUGUACAUCGAGGAGCUGAAGUCGUCCGUCAACCUGCUCAUGGCCAACUUGGAGAGCAUGCCGGUGUCCAAGGGCGGCGAGUUCAAGCUUCAGAAGCUCAAGCGCAGCCACAAUGCUUCCAUCAUCGACCUGGGCGAGGAGAGUGAGAACCAGCUCUCCAAGUCAGAUGUCGUGCUGGCUUUCUCCUUGGAGGUUGUGAUCAUGGAAGUGCAAGGCCUCAAAUCCUUGGCUCCCAAUCGCAUCGUGUACUGCACCAUGGAGGUGGAAGGGGGAGAGAAACUGCAGACCGACCAGGCCGAGGCGUCUAAGCCCACCUGGGGCACCCAGGGCGACUUCUCCACGACCCACGCACUGCCUGCUGUGAAGGUGAAGCUGUUCACAGAGAGCACCGGCGUCCUGGCCUUGGAGGACAAGGAGCUGGGGCGGGUCAUUCUCCAUCCCACCCCAAACAGCCCCAAGCAGUCAGAGUGGCACAAAAUGACAGUCUCCAAAAACUGCCCUGAUCAAGACCUCAAAAUCAAACUCGCUGUCCGAAUGGAUAAGCCUCAAAACAUGAAGCAUUCUGGGUAUUUGUGGGCCAUCGGCAAGAAUGUGUGGAAGCGAUGGAAGAAAAGGUUCUUUGUGUUGGUGCAGGUCAGUCAGUACACCUUCGCCAUGUGCAGUUACCGGGAGAAGAAAGCGGAGCCUCAGGAGCUGCUGCAGCUGGACGGCUACACUGUGGAUUACACCGACCCCCAGCCAGGUUUGGAAGGUGGUCGAGCCUUCUUCAAUGCAGUCAAAGAAGGAGACACCGUGAUAUUUGCAAGUGAUGACGAGCAAGAUCGCAUCCUGUGGGUCCAAGCCAUGUACCGGGCCACUGGGCAGUCACACAAGCCUGUGCCCCCGACCCAAGUGCAGAAACUCAAUGCCAAGGGAGGGAACGUGCCCCAGCUGGAUGCCCCCAUAUCCCAAUUCUCUGGACUGAAGGACGCAGAUAGAGCUCAAAAGCAUGGCAUGGAUGAAUUUAUCUCGUCCAACCCCUGUAACUUUGACCACGCUUCCCUCUUUGAGAUGGUGCAACGCCUUACUUUGGAUCACAGACUUAAUGAUUCCUAUUCUUGCCUGGGCUGGUUCAGUCCCGGGCAGGUGUUUGUGCUCGAUGAGUACUGCGCCCGGAACGGAGUCCGAGGCUGCCACCGGCAUCUCUGCUACCUCCGAGACCUGCUGGAGCGGGCGGAGAACGGAGCCAUGAUCGACCCCACCCUCCUGCACUACAGCUUUGCCUUCUGCGCAUCCCACGUCCACGGGAACAGGCCCGAUGGGAUUGGAACUGUGACUGUGGAAGAAAAGGAGCGUUUUGAAGAAAUCAAAGAGAGACUCCGAGUUCUGUUGGAAAAUCAGAUUACACAUUUCAGGUACUGCUUCCCAUUUGGUCGGCCUGAAGGUGCUUUGAAAGCUACUCUCUCACUUCUGGAAAGGGUUUUGAUGAAAGACAUUGUUACCCCAGUGCCACAAGAGGAGGUUAAAACAGUCAUCCGUAAAUGUCUAGAGCAGGCUGCUUUAGUCAACUAUUCCCGGCUAUCAGAAUAUGCCAAAAUCGAAGGGAAAAAGAGAGAAAUGUAUGAGCAUCCUGUCUUCUGCUUGGCCUCCCAAGUGAUGGAUUUAACCAUUCAGAAUCAAAAGGAUGCAGAAAAUGUAGGCCGGUUAAUCACCCCCGCCAAAAAGCUCGAAGACACAAUCCGCCUGGCUGAACUAGUCAUUGAGGUUCUCCAGCAGAAUGAGGAGCAUCACGCAGAGGGGAAAGAGCCACAUGUUGAUAAAGGAGAAGCCUUUGCGUGGUGGUCGGACUUGAUGGUGGAGCACGCCGAGACGUUCUUGUCGCUCUUCGCGGUGGACAUGGAUGCAGCCUUGGAGGUGCAGCCCCCGGACACGUGGGACAGCUUCCCGCUGUUCCAGCUGCUGAAUGACUUCCUGCGAACCGACUAUAAUUUGUGCAAUGGAAAAUUCCACAAACACCUUCAAGACCUGUUUGCCCCACUUGUGGUUAGAUAUGUGGAUUUGAUGGAGUCCUCAAUUGCACAAUCCAUUCACAGGGGCUUUGAGCGGGAGUCAUGGGAACCAGUCAAGAGUUUAACCAGUAACCUACCCAAUGUGAACCUACCCAAUGUGAACCUUCCCAAAGUACCAAAUCUACCAGUUAACAUCCCUCUAGGCAUCCCACAAAUGCCUACUUUUUCGGCACCGUCAUGGAUGGCUGCUAUAUAUGAUGCUGACAACGGAUCAGGCACCUCAGAGGAUCUGUUCUGGAAGCUCGAUGCCCUUCAGACUUUCAUUCGGGACUUACACUGGCCCGAGGAAGAGUUUGGGAAGCACCUGGAGCAACGGCUGAAGCUGAUGGCAAGUGACAUGAUAGAGUCUUGUGUCAAAAGAACCAGGAUUGCAUUUGAAGUUAAGCUGCAAAAAACCAGUCGAUCAACAGAUUUUCGAGUCCCACAGUCAAUAUGCACUAUGUUUAAUGUUAUGGUUGAUGCCAAAGCUCAAUCAACAAAACUUUGCAGCAUGGAAAUGGGCCAAGAGCAUCAGUACCAUUCAAAAAUAGACGAACUCAUUGAAGAAACCGUUAAAGAAAUGAUAACACUCCUGGUGGCAAAGUUCGUUACUAUCUUGGAAGGAGUGUUGGCAAAAUUAUCCAGAUAUGACGAAGGGACCUUGUUUUCUUCUUUCUUGUCAUUUACCGUGAAGGCAGCUUCCAAGUAUGUGGAUGUCCCUAAACCCGGGAUGGACGUGGCCGAUGCCUACGUGACUUUCGUCCGCCACUCUCAGGAUGUCCUCCGUGAUAAGGUCAAUGAGGAGAUGUACAUAGAAAGGUUAUUUGAUCAAUGGUACAACAGCUCCAUGAGCGUGAUCUGCACCUGGCUGACGGACCGGAUGGACUUACAGCUUCACAUUUAUCAGUUGAAAACACUAAUUAGGAUGGUAAAGAAAACCUACAGGGACUUCCGAUUGCAAGGGGUCCUGGACUCGACCUUGAAUAGCAAGACAUACGAAACCAUCCGGAACCGUCUCACUGUGGAGGAAGCCACGGCAUCAGUGAGCGAGGGCGGUGGCCUGCAGGGCAUCAGCAUGAAGGACAGCGACGAGGAGGACGAAGAGGACGAUUAGAAGGCUCGGGCCUGGACCCUAUAACCAAUGCAUGUCCUUAGUCUGUUAGUUAUCCCAUUAGGGAAGUUUCUGUCACCCACCAUGCCCAUGAGAUGUUUACCAAUACAAUUGCCAUCUUAGCUCUGUGGUAUCAAGAUUAGCAAAUGACCUUCAAGCCCCCCAUCUCCUGCCCCAGGACUAUAUGUUUACAGCAAUCCGGAGCACCAUUCUUUAAAAUCCUGUUCAUGGAGAACACGUAGUCCCACUGCUAGGCGUGUCCCUUUGCCGGUAAAGUCAAAUGACGCUUCAUUAACGUACAGUGUAUGCGUUGACAAUGAAUGGAUGUGAGGGCCAGUUCACCCAGAACUUUCACUUCUUGGUUUCCCAUAUGUGGAUGUCAGUUAUUUAAAUGAGUAUAAUAAAUUAAUUUAAUUAAGACACGUAGUUCUGCUUUGUUUUGUUUUUUGAGAAGCAAGAGGCAAUGCUCCAACAACCAACGUUUGGUUCUCUCUGUUCCCUUAAAGCUAAAAACAAUGAAUCCCUGGUGUCCUUGUUACCAUCCUUCCAUUUAUCUUAUAGUUAGCCAAAACAGGAUGGCUACGUACCUGUAGGUCGAUCCUCCUCAUUGCCAUGGCAAAGGUUAGCCUAUCAGACUGAACACCAAGCACAGUUCAGAGCAACCGUCUUCUGUCCAAGUGUAUCCUAUUACAUGUUCCAUUUUGCUUUUCUGUUUCAAUAACCGUGUAUGUAAAAAAAAAUGGAAUAUUUAAAUUACAACCCUAGACUAUACAUGUGUUUAUAAUAAGAUAUGGGUAUUUCCUUCGGUAGACUGUAACCAUGAUUUUGAUGGUUUUGUUCCAGCUGUUUUUUAUAUGUCAUGUACAUUGCAUUUUGACCUGUAACUGCACGACCCUGGGGUCCGCUGCAGAGCUCCCUCUUUCUGUGUAAACUAGUGGAUCCAUCCUGCUUUUGCCUUAUAUAAAGCCUACAGUUAUGAAAGUGUGAACAACUGUGGCUUCUCAAUAAAGAACUAUUCAAACGUC